UCCCUUUUCUUUUUCAGCUCUCUCUCUCUCUCUCUCUCUCUCAUGGGAUUAUCAAAGAACAAAACGCUGAAACUGAAUGUAAAAUCUCUCUCUCCAUCUUUUUGCCUUCUCUCUACUCGAAUUCGGUCUAUCGGGGGCUUCGAUCGUUUGUAACUUGUGAAGACAGUGGAGAAACUCACAAGGCAGGAGCCUCAUAGCUAGGGAGGCCUUUUGGCAGCCACAGGAUAUGGUUUGAGCAUCCACUGAACGACAAUUCUAUUUGGCUAAUUUGUGGAUACUUGUGAUCUUGGGUAUCUGUUCAAUGCCUUCAGCAGAUUCGCCUCAGUGGCAAGAGAAGGCUAGUGAUUUUUUUUCAUCCUCAGGGGUGAAGCUUAAAGAAGCUGGGCAAUCUGCAGGAACAUUUGUGGGGGAGUUUGCAAAGGAUGCAAAGGAGAAUGUUGCUGAUGUGGCAGGAAAAGUCGGGUCAGUGGUCAAAACUCGGUGGUCUCUCCUUCAGCAGCCAUCCACCAGACAUGCCAUGCAGGAGCGUUUUAUUUCUGCAGCUGCUACUACUAGCAUGUUUUUAAGGAGAGGUUAUUCAGGAACAAAGGAAAAGGUUGCAGUUGGAAAGACAAAAGUUGAAGAGGUAGCAAAGAAAACUGCACAUAAAAGUAAGACUUUGUUAACUGAUAUUGAGAGAUGGCAGAAGGGAGUUGCGAGCAUUGAUGUAUUUGGUGUUCCAAUUGAAGUUACAACUCAGCGGCAACAAUCCAGCAGGCCUAUUCCCCAUAUUCUUAUCGCAUGUGCAGAUCAUCUCAUUUUAUCAGGAUUAAACACACCAGAGUUGUUCAAGUCUGAAGGAGACAAAAAGGUAAUCCAGCAAUUGAUUUCAUUAUACAAUCGAGAUUCAAAUGCAUCAUUACCAGAGGGUGUAAACCCCGUAGAUGUUGCAGCUCUCACUAAGUGUUACCUUGCCAGUCUUCCUGAGCCAUUAACCACAUUUGAGUUAUAUAAUGAAAUCAGGGAUGCUCGUUCAAGCAUAUAUCUGAUGAGAAAUAUAUUGAAGAAGCUUCCUACUGUUAACUACAUGACACUAGAAUUAGUUACUGCACUACUGCUCCGAGUUAGCCAGAAAUCACUUCUUAACAAGAUGGAUGCUGGAAGCCUUGCCAUGGAAAUGGCCCCUAUCAUUAUGUGGCAGAAGGGACGCAGACCUGAAUAUUUUAGACGGUUUUGCAAUCAGCCUGCGAACAAUGCUUCCAAGAAGAUGGACCCAGCACCUAACUUCAAUUCUUGGGACAUGCUUGAUGAAGAAGGUGAAGAUGCAGAUGCAUCCUCUCCCAUUCCUUUGGAUGAUGGCUUGCCAGUCGACUUCGGUGCAAUCGAGGUUGUUCAAUGCUUGAUCGAACAUCACAAUGCAAUUUUCACAGAUGCCAAUGAGACUGUCUGGAGGUGAGUUUGAGGUAUCCUCUUCUGUCAUUUAGCAAGGGAAUCAUUGAGUUGGACGCUAAUAAUGUCACAAGGUGUGACUCCAAAUUUUCUGGUGGUCGUCGUUGCCCAGUGACGGAUGUAAAUUUCUUCACCAGAUUCGGGUGAUUUUUUGUGGGUGUGGGUGUAAAUUUUUGGAGUUAAUAUUGCUGAUUUAGACCUGUAAAAGUAAUAUUCUUCCUCCAUUUUGACUAGGCUCUUCUUAAUAGUUCUUCAUGUGAAUAAUUUGGGUAAUGAAUAUCUACUGAAUGGUUUGCUUGGGAACAUUUGUUUGCCGAAUAGAAUUUGAUUAGCUGGGAUGAGUUUGUGCAAUUUCCUA